GCGGCUGAAUCAAUUUUGCCGAUUUUUUACGGACAAAAGAAAUAAUGGUCUUAUUAUUAUUAAAAAAUAUGCAAGAUGUGGGGUUUAUUAUUAAAAAAUGAAAUAGAAUAAUAUAAGUGUCAAUAUGAAUUCAUCAUCAGUAGUGGCGUGCCGUGAGAUUUUUGAUGAAAAUAGCCAACCAUCUGCAGAGGAAAUAUCAGAUUAUGCCUCUCAGUUGGGAAUCGAUCCUGAAAGUGAAACCCAUCUCUUACCUCUAGCCCGGGAUGGCCUCAUGCAAGCUUUACCUCCACCAUGGAAGGCUUACUUUGAUGAGAAACUGCAAAGCCAUUACUACUACAAUGAAGUGACUAAAAAGACCCAAUGGGAGCAUCCACUUGACCAUGUCUACAGGGAACUUGUGAAAAAAGCUAGAGAUGCUUCCGUGUUAGAUGAUACUUGUGCAUCUGUUCAGGAAUUACUAACAUCUGAGGAAAACACAAAAAACUUAGAGCGAGUUGAAACAAAGGUUGAAAGUGAUGAAGAUGAAUUAAUAACAGAUAGUGAAAACCAUGCAUCGGAUGUUAAAGAAAAUGCCUUAACCCAAGGACACAAGAGACCUAUGGGCCGACCCCCUUUAGGUCCACUGUCAAGACUUGAUAAGAAACUUGGAGAUCUACGAAUAUCACCUUUGCGUCGGAGUGUGGACAGUUCAAUAUCGCCUAAAGGGAUUCCUACAAGGAAUCCCUCUGAAAGAGAUGUACUAAGUCGUCCAAUAUUUGAAAGGCCUAAAACACUGUUUAAGCAGCAAUCAGAAAUUAUUGAUCUAAAAAUGCAUGUACUAACAAGUCCCGAAGAGGAAAAUUUCAGUCCUUUAUUGUCGGCUAAAGUUGAUAAAGGAUUGCCCUUUACAGGUAAAGGCAAUAUGUUCUUAAGAAUAUCCAGAUCAAAUCUCCCAAGUCCAGACACAGAAAAGUCUUCACAUUUGGAUUCUCUCACUAAAAGUGACCCGCCCAAGGGUAUAUUGCGAGAAAAAUCAUCGGAUUAUAUUCAAAGGAAAAUCGAAAGUAUCACAGGAAAAACUAAACAAACAGCUAGCUUCGAUGAAGAUAAGAAAAGUGUUAGAUUCAAACUAGAGAAUCUUCCCGAUCCAACAAUCAGUCCCGGCUCGAACAGUUCGUCUGAGCAAAACGACGGGCAAAGUUCAAUAAUAAGCGCGCCAUAUUCGAAAAAUCCAUUAGAAAUACCCCCAUUUAAUCCCUUAAAUAAACCCGAACUACCCUCAUUUCCUACCCAAAUUCCCAAUGUGCCUUUAAACUCCAUUGUCCUCUCACCUUUAGCCGGCCGACCACCGAUACCACCACGAAUUGACAGCCCGAGGGAAUAUAAGAAUAUAUCUGAAAAGGAUUCUAUAGAGAGUGAAAUCCGAGAAACCCGCGGGACGUCACCUCGUAGACGACUUGUGAAGCCCCCAGUUGCAGACUACAUAAAACCUGGAUUGUUUCAAAAGAAUUUUCAGAAAAUUUCUGACUUGGUUCGGAAGACAGAAAUCGAUCCGACGAACUUAGAGGAUCCUACAUCUGAAAAGGAAGUCCGACCACGGUCACCACUUAUACCACAAACAAAUAAAAUAUCAAUAAAUUUAAUGGAAAGUAUCGAAUCUGAAACCUCAAUAGACUCCCCAGAUAGAGAAUUUGCUAACAUCGAUUUAAAUGACUUUGAUGACGCUGAAAAAGAUACAAAACCCAAAGAAGACAAAUCGCCCCGCAUCGAAGAUGCUUCCGAAAAAUCAAAUUCCAAGACUGAUUCGUUAAGAAACAUUCCUUUAAUCAAAAUUCCGAAACUAGAUUUAAAAUCGAAAUUUGCACAUUCCGAUUCUGAAGACUCGAAAAAGUCGACGGACGAGCCGAAUACUGGUGUCCGGUCAAACAGUAUAGACAUUCCGAAAGACUUACCCACAUUGAAGUUAUCGCCAACCCCGAGCUUAGGAUCCGAUAGACCUAGAUUGGAAUUAAACAAGCCCUGGUCCAGCCCAUUAUCCACUUUCAAGCCAUUAAAUAAAGCUGUCACACCGCUUAAAUCUUCAGAAUCGUUAUCGAAAAGUCUCAGUCCGAGAUUAGAUGGUGUCAUGCUGUCUCAAGGGAAAUCCAGCACCGACAAUGUGGUAGUCGUUUAUCAGUUCGAAACUCAGGAUGAGAGUCCAAAAAUCAAAUCACCUAUACCAGAUAUGGGGGUGAGGGAAAUGGUGGAGAGAAAUAAAGCGGAUGAAAGGAGAAGACUGGAGCUAAACCUUCAGAAAGAGUUGGAGAUGAUAAGGAUGGAGUUUAGUGGGAAAGAGAGGAGGAUGAGAGCGCAGUUGCAGACGGAAUUGCGGGAGGUGGAAGAGAAGUUCCUAAUGGAGAAGAGUAUGAGGUUAAGUGAGCAAAGUGAGAGACAUAAACGUGAAAUGGAAGAGGUUUUAACUACGAAUGAGAAAAAUUAUCAAGAGACAUUGGAAACUCGACUCAAGGAGUUGGAAAAUAAAUUUCAAAAUGAAGUCGCCGCGACACAAAGACAACACGAGAGUAAUCUCAUCAAGAUCCGCGAAGAUUACUCUAUAAAGCUUACAGCGCAGAAGGAACAGUUGGAGAUUGAGAACGAACGCGCACUCGCAGACGUACGCGAUCAACUGCAAUUGGCUCUAUACAGAGAGAAGGCUCGAAUACUCGAAGAAAAUCGUGCCACCAUAGACGCGCUAAGAGAAGAACACACUGCGAGGAUUACGGAUCUCAGACAUGAUUAUAGGGCGGAGGUGGAAAGGCUUCGGAGCCAACACGCGUGUCACUUGGAAGAGUUGAGAGUGAGAUUGUCCGGUGAAAGAGCCGCAGCCGUGAGACAAGACGACAGAGUUUUACACGACAAGUAUAGGUGUCUUAAGGAGAAGUAUGCUAGACUGAAACAUGACGUUAAGAUGACACUGGAACGUCGCAACAAACGCCGCGAGAUGAGUAUGACAACUGGUUCGGAGACUGAGAAAUCGAAUUCCCAUAAAGCAACGCAAUCGUUGGAAAGAUGUAAGGAACUGAAUGAGACGUCAGUAAGCGCGAUAAUAGAGACGGAGCCGCCGCUUAUACGCAUCAACAAUAAUCCCGUGAAAUGUGACAACGAGACUUCGUAUUCUGAGAACGUCAAGUCUGACAAUAAUAAUGACGAUUGGAAGAGCAAUAGGGAUUCGGUUGCGGAACCGGCAAUGACGUCACUAACGUCCGCAUUGAAGCAGUCGCGUGUGAGACGAACGGGAGUCGCGUUUCGUGAGCCACCUCGUCGGAGUCGCGAAAGGGAAAAGGACUUAGGCGUCGCUACGGACUGUCAAGAUUCGUCGGACGCUACCACAGCCGAUGAGAAGCCGAAGGAAAGUGUUAAUGGUCACAUGCGCCGAAGGUUUACAAGAUUAAAAUCAGCAUCAACGUCCAGAUUGAAUUAUUCACCUAAACGCGGUGAAGGCUGGGCGAGUCCUUUGGAAUCGCUUCGUCAACAAUUGAGAAAACUUGACGAUCUGGAAGACCAGUUUCCGGACCUCGCCUGCCAACCCGCGUACAGUCUUCGGUAUCCAUUCACUGAAUUGGGCCCAGUAGCGACCGCAGACACGCCAGAAUUAGAAUUCGUACGUCACCGUGCGCUCGUAGAACGGGAAGGUAUGCGACGUGCCCGCGCCGCCUUAAGGCGACGUAAAGCGGCGCUUAAGGAGAGUCGAGCCUCGCUUUCGCCGCAUAGAGCUGCAUCGGAAGCAACGACGAGCGAAGGGUCGUCGGGAAGCGAAGCCGGUCACGAAGUGGAAACGGGUGGGGCGGUCUUACGAUCUCUACGCGCGUUGCACGCUGAUGUCAGAGACAUCUGGCGUGCGUUGGACGCUAGAAGACCUAAUACGGCGUCACCGGAAACGAGUUCCUGUAACGUGCCGACCACUUCCCAUACAAGAAUGACUCUAUCAGCUCCUGAGCCGACUUUACAAGACAACACGGAUAGUGUCGCCGAAAAGGCGAAAGGUUUGCGGGCGUGGUUGCAAACUACACCAUAAUUAUUAUAAUAGCCAUUGUAUAAGCAUUCCACAAAUAUAUCGCAUACCCUAAUUAGAAAUUAAUUAAGUAUCAUAUGUCAACGAUAUUUUCGUUGGUCUAGCGUUUUGUUGAUCUAAGUUGCUAUUAGGCCUAUGAAUGAACGUCAAACCGAAGUCGCGUGAUGAGAGACCGACCUUAGAGUUUUUACUGUUUUUUUGAACUUAAAACAAAAUAUAUCUUUUCAUGUUCCUCGCCAACAUUUUUUUCGACAGUUCGUUAGUCGAUAGUUUGAUUUAAUUGAAAGAACAUCGAGCAUUUUUUUAAUAACAUCGAUUUUAACUUAACCACAGUUUUUUUUAUAUUUCUGGGGUUAACUUUUACCACACGACGUUGACAGAGAUCUUGGUUUAAAUCAAAUUUAAAAAAUGACAUUGACAUUUGGGAAAUUUUUGAAAGAUGGAUCUUUUUUGGAAAGAUCAUCCCACAAGAUGGCGUCAAUGUGUCUUGAGUUUGUAAAUUUCUUGUAGCGUAUAAGUAUUCUAUUCCACUUUACGAUGUGAUAUUUUUCAUGUACAACCGAGGGCUCUUGUGCCUAACCAUUUAUGGUUAGGCGCCUGAGGCCGCGUUAUAAGUGUCCUUCUAGCACAAUUAGUUCUUUAUUAAAUCUGUUUUGAAAUCUUCGAAAUGUUGCCAUCCUUUUCUUUACUAUGAAGUGAAAGGGAUAGCAUUAGUCACCCUUCGUUAAAUUCUAGUCAUUAAAGUGUAUCCUAUCUAGUCACAUUGGUGCUAAUUCUGAUGUAAAACAAAAGUAAAUAAAAAAAAUAUAAAAAAGUGUAGGAAAACGGUUAUUUCGAUACAAAAAUAAUUUCCCAUAAUUUGCAAUAUCUUUUUAAACAUACGUACUAAGGACGUAUAGACUAUAGGAUUUUAAACUGUUCCGUCUCAUACUGUCUAAAUACAUUCCCGUUGUGAUGGAAGGAGACAAAACAGUCUUCUUGUAGCCGCACUCCAAAUGACUAUGGACCUUAACUACAUUACAUACGGUUGAAAUUUCCUUGUGUUGCCACGAGUUGUACAUCAGAAUUACGACCAUUAUCUGCCAAAUAAAUACAAUAAGUAGAGUAAAAAUUGAUCAAUUAAAAAAUAUAGUGUAUUUAGAUGUAAUAUUUAUUCCAACUUGGAAAUUGUUUUUGCUUACAAAUUCGGGAAAAAAAAAUCUUAUUAAAACUAUGAAUUCUGAACGGGACAAAAUAUUAACUGAUUUAGAUUUUUAGUACAUUUUUAUACUGAGAGAAUCUUGUCCCGAGUCUCGAGUGUUGCUUAGACUGUUAAAUUAUUUUUGGUACUGAUUUUUGUGGUAUUAUUUACGUUUGUAAUGCUUUAAUAGUAAAUAGUAGGGCCUAUAUAAUAGAUCUCAUUUGUUGACUCAUCAAAAUUCUAUAAUUUUGAAGACCUUCACAAUUCAGCUUUCUGUUCUGAGUACUGGAGAAAUGGGCUGAAGUCUCAACUGAUAUUGAGUGAAUACCCUCGCCCAUGAACACACAAUGACAAAGUGCUUUCGAUAGCGUCGCCGGCCUUUUAAAAAUUGGCACGCUUUCUUGAAGUACCCUAAGUCGAAUUGGUACUGGUAAUUGGAAGCCGGUUCCACAAAGUGCACGGAAAAAACUGCCUUAAAAACGCUCAGUUGUGGAGUGACGGACGUCGAGGCGAUACGGGUCGAAUCCUGUUUUCUCCUUCGACGUCCGCUGAUGAAACUCAGCUGCAAGUAUACAUCCGAACAACUCCUCUGAUGUGCGAAUCUAUCUGUAUGUCAAAUUGUAAUACUUUUAUGCACAAAUACUGCAUUUUUUCCUCUUUGGCUCUGGCACGGUUUGUGCAUUAGCCAACGUCAAGUAUAAUUUCAUUUAUUUGUUUAUGAAUUUGUUAUUAAAGUCUAGUUAAUGUUCUGCCUUUCGCUUUACUAAGCUAAAUUUUUUUGCAUACCGCGCGCUGGAGGGUUAUGUGGGUCUCGCGAUUAUGCAUACCCACUAAAACCCUCACCAACAAUCGCCUUAGACGGGACGCUGUAACAGCAGAGUUUUAUCCGCUUCCCGACAUGCGAUGCGGCGGUUGCCACCACUUCUCCACGUCCAUUGUCGGUUUAUGAAGAUGAAGAUACUUGACACAGCAAAGUAUACUUCACAGACCGGGCCAUUCGCUUUUAGAAAUUGGUAGGGGAGAUCGGCUCCAGUACUUGCAGGGAUGGAUCACUAUCCCUUUUGAACGCAUGGAACCCAGCUUGACCGCUUGGGAAACUUAGCUACAUGCCAACAUAUGCAACUUUUUACUAUUCUAGAGACUGUUCGCUUUUUCGAAAUAAAAACUGUACGAAAUAAAAAUAAAAUUAUAAAAUCAUUUUUCUGUAUGAAAACCUUCCUCAGAGUUCAAAGAAAUAAAUAUUUCAACGAAUCCAGCCGUUUUAGAGUUUUAAGCUUAGCAACAUAUUUUGCUAUUUAUGUUUAUUUGCAUAGAAGAAAAUGGCAGCUGGUAGAAAUUGUAAUUUACGCACAGAAUAGAGUAGUUAAACUGGAAAUGAUGGUGCGGGAUUGAGAACGGAUGUAAAGAUUGAUGACGGCUCUGUGAUAUUGUAGUUUUAUUCGUCAUUCAUCAUUCAUUGUUUAUCGAGUCUUUAUAGUUUCAAUGACAUUUGAGUCUCCACAGCAACAUAUUAUAGAAAUGGAAUAUAAAAUAUUUAUUGGGUAAAUACGCGCCAAUUCAGAGUUGUAUCUUACCUUAAGAUAUUAAGGAUAAGCGACAUUUUCAUUCCUAAUUGUAUUGACCAUAGACAAACUUGCCAACCAUAGACAUAGCCAUCUUACUGAAACUUAUCGGCUUAGUUAUAUUGAAGCCUAGAUCUGAAUUAAUUUUCGUUCCUAAUAAUCUUAAUAUAUUACCUUUCUUUCUACUAUUUCACAACUUCAUUUAGCGUUUAUAAAAAUAUUAAACCUCUUGAGAUAAUAAAACUCAUAUAUCAUUAAACAGUAUUUAACUUACGUUUAUAAGUGAAAUAAUUUUCUGUAGAAUAUAUAUCCUACACGUACUAUUAUAACCUAUGACAUGUAAUGGUUAAAAAUAAGCAACGACUCAUUCUUUUAAACAAAGAAUAUCAUAACAAUGAUAUUCAUAAUGUCCAAAAUAAGGACAUUUUUUUGUUUAUUGGUCCUUUUUAAAAUAAUAUAAAAAUUGACACUUAUUAAUUUAAAGCGAAAGCUGUAUUGUUCUUUUAGAUAAAUCUAGUAAAUAAAUUAAGGAAGUAGAUUUCUAGAACUGUGUCUACUCAGCAAACUUUGACGCGCUAGCUAAAUUAACUUAAGUAAAUUCCUUAUCCAAGAGAUGGCGCUAUAAUACAUUUACAAUUUAAUAUUUAUACACUUAUUAAUUCUUUGAAUUUUGGUCUAUGUGUACUAACAUAACAUAACCUACGUAGUACUAACAUAACCCUUUAUAACAAUAAAAUCAGCCAUUGCAACUAUAAUUCUUCUUGUCUGAUAAAUUCUGACGAAAAUAUAAUGCAUGAUUUAUUUUUAUUAAUAAAUUAUUAUUUCUAUUUAAAAUAUCAAGUUUUACUAAAAUGGUUAUGGCCGUUGAUAAAUUACUAGGUCACGAAAUGACAGAACUUAUUGCGUACAAAGUUUAGAACAGAACGAAUUAGCGACGAGCAAAAUUACCAGGUAAAUUUUAAAACUUGUUUAAUUUGAAAAAAAUAUAUAUUAUAUAGAGUGUUUAACAGGAGUUAAAAUAGUUUUUAGUAUUCAGAAUAUUUUAAACUAUAGUUUUUUCCAUCGUGUAUAUCAAUUAAUGUCGGGUAGACACAGUUAAAUCAGUCGCUAUAUUUACCAAACGUUAAUGUUCGAUAUGUUAUAACAGUCUGGUAUAUAGCAACCGAAUAAAACUUAGUAAUGUGUUUCGUCCAAAAAAAUCUUUAUUUACAAUUUCACGUAGAGUUUAAGUUGCGUUGACGCACAUUGUAAAAAUAAUUUAAGUUAUUGGAUAUUCUUAUUACUCAUAUAAAUAACAUAUAAUUCUCUUUUUUUCAUAAAAGAACUUAAAAAAAGGUAGUUAAUUAAAGUACUAAUCUGUCUCUUUUCAUCAAAUGGCAAACACAAUGUGACAGAAAGAAGCCAAUGGAUAUUUCAGAUAAAACUACCGUUUAUUUUUUAUGAAUAAAAGGGAUUCUUGUGUUUUUAAUAUCACCUGGUAAUUUGAAACUAUUCUAAACGAAAACUAUUUAUAAUAAAUUUUUCAUAAAAUUUCGUUGGGUACUGGUACUUGAUCUACUAAGUGGUAUUAAACCUUCUGUAUAAUUAUUUAUAUUCUGGCGCUUAAAAAUAUUAAUUAUUGAAUGGCGAUGCGACUUAUAUAAACGAACCGUUUUUAUUUUCUCAUAAAUCAUUAUAUUUUUAACCAAAGUGCUCUUCUGUCUCUUUUCACAAAGUUGUAGACAAUUUGACGAAAAGAGACGGAAUAGUUCUUUAGUUAAGUGUGCUGAUUAAACGAAUUAUUUUCUUAUUAAUAUCAACGUCAGAUAUAUCUUUAUAUUUAUUUGCUACAGAUAAAUAUGUAAGAUGUUUUGAUGUUAUGAUUAUUGGUAUCAUAAAGACUAAGGCUUCACAAACGUCAACUGUCAAAAACGUGGAUUUGACAUACGAGACAUUUAACGUUAAGUCUUUACUACCUCUAAUUUUACUAUCAAAUCUAUAAUGGUACUUUUGUUGGUUACAACUGAAAUUGUUUUUGAUUACGUAUUUAAUAAGCGCCAGAAUAUUAUAUAUAUAAUAGUUACUAAAGUAAAGAUGAUGCAAAUAAAUGUUAAUUAUAUUAAAAAAUAAACUUUUGAACUCAAUAAUUUUUAGUUUACUCUGUGAUGAAAACGUUUACAUGUCCAACGUUACCUGGAUAAUUAUCAUACAAACAUUGUAAUGAUAAGAAAGCAAUGAGACUUAAUUCAUUUUGUCCCUUCGUGAUGUUCUUUGGAAAUUCUCGUUUCUUUUCAUGUUUUUUACGUCAAAGAAAAUAUAAUGGCUUUUUAAAACCUACUAAAUAAAUUGCAAAUGAAUAAUUUAUUAUUAUUAUCUUUAAAAUAUCUUUUAUUUGGUACACUUCAUAGACGUAUUUCAUACAUUAUGUCGUUAAGUAACUUGGUACUACUGUAAAACUG